UAACUGUCAGCCGGUGAAGCGGGCCUGUUAGGGAGGAGGAACAGCUCCCAGGGCAAGAUAGGACAGCCCAUGUCUUAUCAGUGUGCCUGAGCCAAAGAGGGAACUGGAGAGUGAGCACUUUCCAACCACUUCAUCUGAACAACAGACAGAUUGGCAGGAAAGGCCUGUCAGCCCUUCCCUUCUGCCACCCAGGCAUCAACAGGGAGCCACCAUCCAUGCAAAUAACCCUGAGAGGGCUACAACAAUCCCCAGGUGCCUGGUGAGAACCUGGCUGGCCUCAGCAGGGCCCACACAAGGCUAUGUUUGUGACCUUUGAUGAUGAAGAAACCCCUACUAAACCCCUGGAUGCUGCUGUACAGACCUGGAAGAAAGUGUACAGCAAUCCUGUGGAUAAAAAGGUGGAGGAAGAGCUGAGAAAGCCAGGCAUGCUGUGCGAGCAGAAGGGCUUGCUUUGGUUAAACAAGCAGUGAAGAUGGCAAAGAGCAGCUGGCAUGUGAGUCUGGAGAGGAUGAGGAUGAUGAAGAGAAUGAGGAGGCCUUCUGAUGGGAGCGAAAGCAAAAUGGAGACAGAAAUUCCGGGCUAUGUGUGAACGCAGGGAAGAGCCUGGCUGCUGCUGGAUGGAAUCAUCUCUGCUCUUGUUCCUUGAGUGCUGAGGGUUCAGCCACCAUGCCCAGGGUAUGGGAAGGCAGAGCUUGCACUAAGUUGCCGCUGACCCGUCUGCACCGACUGCAGAGCCUGCUGGCGGGCGUCAUUCUGUGAGUGUUGUGCAUUCCCCAGUGCGUUACAAGUGCGAGGUUUCUCAUUAGUGGCUGCUAAUAUGCUCCAAUGCAUGGUUUAAUAUGAUUCCAGCCUCCUGCACUUGCAUGAGGCUUCUCAAGGCUUCAGCAUUUUUUCAUGUUCUCUGGAGUUUAGACUGAGAUAUCUCCUUAGGGUUGGCCUGAGGUCACUAAAGCAACAUCUGCAGGGCUCUCACACAGUGACGCCAGUCUACCUCAGCCGUGGCUUGGCCUCAGCCUACUGAAGGACAAGCGUGUAGAGGCUCUGCUGGUUUACCUUAGAGCCAGGUCAGGCCACGGCAUUGACAUGCAGCUGUGCUCCAAGGGAUAUAUAUAUAUGUGUGUGUGUGUGUACGCCUCCAUCUGGGGCCUGGCUCCUCAGGUGUGCGCUCACCAUGGCUCGGUGGGUGACCCUGUGCUUUGCCUUGUGCUCCUACCUCGGGGUAGCCUGGGCUGCAACCCUGGGUGUGGUGCACACCGAGGGCGGUUUUGUGGAAGGUGAGAGUAAAAAACUGGGACUCUUUGGGAAAUACAUUGACGUCUUCAGAGGGAUCCCCUUUGCUGCCCCUCCGAAGAGGCUGGAAGACCCCAAACCUCAUCCUGGCUGGGAUGGGACACUGAAUGCAAAAAAGUUCAAAAAUCGCUGCAUGCAGAUGACGCUUAUGCAAACCGAUGUCCGCGGGAGCGAGGACUGUCUCUACCUGAACAUCUGGAUCCCUCAAGGGCGCAGACAGGUCUCUACCAACUUGCCAGUGAUGGUCUGGAUCUAUGGCGGCGGCUUCCUUGUAGGAGGGAGUCAGGGAGCCAACUUCCUCAAUAACUACCUCUAUGACGGCGAGGAGAUCGCCGUGCGCGGCAACGUGAUCGUGGUGACCGUCAACUACCGCGUGGGGCCCCUGGGCUUCCUGAGCACCGGAGAUGCAAGCUUGCCGGGGAACUACGGGCUGAAGGACCAGCACAUGGCUAUUGCCUGGGUGAAGAGGAAUAUCAAGGCCUUUGGGGGUGACCCAGAAAACAUCACCAUCUUUGGGGAAUCAGCCGGUGGUGCUAGUGUCUCCCUGCAGACGCUGUCCCCAAAGAACAAGGGCCUGUUCAAGAGAGCCAUCAGCCAGAGCGGCGUCGGUCUCUGCAGCUGGGCCAUCCAGAAGGACCCGCUCGCCUGGGCCAAAAAGAUUGGAGAAAAGGUGGGGUGCCCCACAGACAACACGACCACCUUGGCCAACUGCCUGCGUGUCACCGACCCCAAAGCAGUGACGCUGGCCUACCACCUGCAGCUGAUCAACCUGCCCGCUCCCCUGGUUCGCACACUCGCCCUCACUCCUGUCGUCGAUGGAGACUUCCUCCCAGACAUGCCAGAGAAGCUCUUUGCCAACGCCGCUGACAUUGACUACAUCGCUGGGGUCAAUAACAUGGAUGGACACAUCUUUGCUGGCAUUGAUUUACCUGCUAUCAACCGCCCAUUUGUGAAAAUCACUGCGGACGAGUUCUACCAUUUGGUCAAAGGCCUUACUGUGGACAGGGGUGAGCGUGGAGCCAACGUGACGUACAAUCUCUACACGCAAGCAUGGGGCAGCAACCCGGACCAGGAGGUCAUGAAGAAGACAGUGGUGGACCUGAUUACUGACUACACCUUCCUGGUUCCCACACAGUGGGCACUGAAUCUGCACGUGCAGAAUGCCCGGAAUGCCAAGACAUACAGCUACUUGUUCUCCCAGCCAUCCCGAAUGCCCGUCUACCCGAGGUGGGUAGGGGCCGACCAUGCUGACGACUUGCAGUACGUGUUUGGGAAACCCUUCGCCACACCCCUGGGCUACCUGCCCAAGCACAGGACUGUCUCCGAGGCCAUGAUUGCUUACUGGACCAAUUUUGCCACAACAGGUGAUCCCAACAAAGGGAAUUCAAAGGUGCCUGUAACCUGGCCGCCCUACACCAAAGAAGGCAGUUUCUACCUGGAAAUCAACAGCAAGAUGAACCAGGACUCCGUGAAGCAGGAUCUGAAAAUUCGGUACGUGACCUUCUGGAACACGGUGUAUCAGAGUCUGCCGCAGGUUGCCAACGUCUCUGUGGCCGACGAACUUCUGUGGAGCUAAGAAAAAAAACGUUUUCAGGAUAGGCCCGAUCAUUAAAGGCUUGCUUGUAGCUGA